CACAACACUAUAAUAAAUCAAGGUUGGGAAAAAGCAUAUAUACCGUGAAUACUUUAAAGUAUUGUAGUUGUGAUACACUCUUGCUUACAGCAACAGUACUCUUUAAUCAUGUUUUCAUAUUUUCCUAGUUGGUGUCUAAAUAUCGUUGUCCCUGUUUUAAUAGUUUUUUUGAUUACGUAUUAUUUCUGUACGUUAACAUUUAAUAAAUGGGAAAAACUUAAUGUGCCGUACAUUAAACCAAUCCCGUUGUUCGGUAACUUUUUGACCGUUGCUUUAGGAAUCGUGCACCCAGUGGACUUUUAUAGGUCGAUUUACUAUAAACUAGCUGGCAAUAAAUAUGGGGGAAUAUUUCAAAUGAGGACACCGUAUUUAAUGAUUCGAGACCCAGGAAUAAUCAACAAUGUGCUCAUAAAAGAUUUCUCGUAUUUCCCGGAUCGUGGAAUUUACUCGGACUUCUCGGUCAAUCCGUUGUCAAAUAAUUUAUUCUUUAUGAAUAAUCCUCAAUGGAAAGUGAUCAGAAACAAACUGAGUCCGGCGUUUACUUCGGGCAAACUCAAGUUGAUGUACAAUCAAAUUAAAGAGUGUGGUGACGAACUGAUGAAAACCAUACGCAAUAAUUUAGCAGAAAACCACAAUAAUGAAAUGGAAGUGCGAGACGUAAUGGGAAAAUAUUCAACGGAAGUCAUCGGCUCAUGCGCUUUUGGUCUUAAGUUGAACGCUAUAAGUGACGAAAAAUCUGCAUUUCGUAAGUACGGGAAGAAUUUAUUUAGACCAUCACUAAGAAUACUUUUGAGGGAAUUGAGUUUGAUGAUCAGUCCGGUGUUUUUGAAAAUUGUAAAAUUAAAAGAUUUCCCGGCAGAGGCGGGUGAAUUUUUUCACUCGGCAUUUCACGAGACGAUUACUUAUCGAGAAAAGAACAAUAUAGUCAGGAACGAUUUCGUUCAAAUUUUAAUGCAAGCUAGACGAGAUUUGGUUCUCAAUCAAAAUUUACCUCCUAACGGUAAUAAAGAUACUUAUAAAAUACGUUUCGAAAUUAAUACUUAAAAUAAAUAAUGUUAACACGUAGUGUCAUUUUGUAUAUUUAGACAAAUUUACCGAAACACAAAUUGUUGCUAAUGCUUUUGUUAUGUUUGCUGCUGGAUUUGAAACAGUAUCUACAGCUAUGAGUUUUUGUUUAUACGAGUUAGCAUUGAAGAAGCAUAUUCAAGAUAGAUUACGUGAAGAAAUAAAAUCAAAAAUGUCCAAAAAUAACGGGGUGAUUGACAGCGAAUUUUUAAUAGAUCUAAAUUAUUUAGAUAUGGUUUUAGCAGGUAAAUUGUUAUUUAGUAUAAUGAAUAUAGAUUAUAAUUCAAUUUAAUUUUUAUUAUUUUAUGUAUUUGAAAUUUUUAAUGGUGUAUUUUAAAACUGUAUAAUAUCACUAAAAUAUACCAAAGAUUAUUUGAUAAAAUAAUCAUAAUUUUUAUAUGUUAUGAAUUUCAGAAACACUCCGUAAGUAUCCACCGACAUUUGCAUUAUUUAGAAAAGCUUCUCAAGAUUAUUGUGUACCUAACGAUUCGUUAAUAAUUGAGAAGGGUCAAAAAAUAAUAAUUCCUAUUUAUUCAUUGCAUUAUGACGCUAAAUAUUUUCCGGAUCCCGAAAUUUUCGACCCGCAUAGAUUUUCACCCGAAGAAAAAUCUAAACGUCAGAGUGGUACAUAUCUUCCAUUUGGUGAUGGACCUCGGAUUUGUAUUGGUAAAAUUUGAAGCAAAAUAAAUAUACGCGUUGUGUAUGGUAUAAGUUCUUAAAUUGCGUUACUAUUUUUAUAGGAAAACGUUUUGCUGAACUGGAAAUGAAAUUGGCCUUAGUUGAAAUUUUAUCUAAAUUUGAAGUGGAGCCUUGUGAAAAGACUGAAAUUCCCAUAAAAUUUAGUAAACAAGCUCUAAUAGUGAUGCCGGAAAAUGGAAUAUGGUUAAAAUUUAAACAAAUUUGUAGUUAAUUAAAUCGUUUUGUACGCAUGAAAUUAUUUAUAUUAUAUAACUCAAUGUUUUACUGAAUCUAAUUAUAAUUUUAAAUUGGAUUGCGGAAAAGGGUAUAAAAUAGGACUUGUUGUUUUACUUAAAUAUGUGCAUUUAUUUUAGUAAAUGCCAAUUGAAACAUAAUGUAAUAAUGUUUAAUUUCUUUUUUACAAUAUAUUAUAGUCGAUCGGAAGUUGAAUGUGUAUUCGGUAUUAUAAUAAAUCAUUAUGCUUAUGAAUUAA